UUCAGAGUAGCCGAGUCUGAAGCCGAAUUCCACCAUCUUUCAAGUGAUGAAUAUCUGCAAGCCAAAGAGUACCAUCCUCUUGUUCCCCAAUUGGCAGUGACUAGUGAACGAGCUGCAGUGCUGGUAUUGCAAAUCACUGUCUUUCCCAAUCAUGGAUUCUCCAUUGGAACCUCCAUGCACCAUGCCGUGGUUGAUGGCAAAUCUUCAACUAUGUUUUUCAAAUCCUGGGCUCACAUAUGCAAACAUGGUUCAGCUGUUUCGUUGCCGGAUCAGCUGAAACCAUGUUACAAUGACAGACAGGCCAUCAAGGACCCGAUGGGACUUGAAACAAUCUAUUCAAACGACUGGUUGCGAUUUGGGGGCUCUAACAAGAGAAGCUUACUGUUUCGGGAGACUAAAUCAUCACCAGGCACAAUUCGAGGUACUUUUCAAUUCACGGAGGCUAAUAUCCAAAAACUUAGAGGACAUGCUAAGAGUGCAAUGGCUUCUGAUUCAGCUCAUCUGUCAUCAUUUUCUCUUACUUGUGGAUAUACAUGGACUUGCUUAGUUAAGGCAGAAGAAAUAAAAUCUGAUCAGGUAUGGAUAGUCUUUAGUGUGGAUUGUAGGUCUCGCUUAGACCCUCCAGUUUCAGCAACAUACUUUGGGAACUGCAUAAUAGGUCAUGUAGCAAUUGCAGAAACAAAAGGACUCUUAGGAGAAGAUGGGUGGAUUGUAGCUGUGAAUGCAAUCAGUGAAAGCAUAAAGGCUUUGGAUGGAAAUGGAGGACUUCUCAAUGGGGCAGAGACUUGGGUUUCAAAGAUGUGCAGUACCAAGGGAAAUGAAAGAUUUUUCUCGGUAGCUGGUUCACGUAUUUUGGAGAUUUAUGACACGAAUUUUGGAUGGGGAAAACCAAAAAGGACCGAGGUGGUUUCCAUAGAUAUGACAGGGGCAGUUUCAUUCUCAGAUAGCAGGUAUGGCGGAGGUGGCGUUGAAGUUGGGAUGGUUUUGAAAGAACCAAAUAUGCAAGUUUUUGCUUCUCUAUUUGCUAAAGGUCUUGAAGACCUUAAUUAGAAGCCAUCAUUAUUCAUUCAUAGAGAUGGUUCCUAUUUUCUAGCCCAAGAAUUCAAUUUCUUCUUUUCUCUAUGCUCUAUGCCAGAAUAUCUAUAAUACUCUGAAUUUGGGUUGUUUUUGUUUAAUUUGGUUCAAAUAAAAGUUCAUUAAGUUGAUUAAUGUAAUGAUAUACAAAUGCAGAUUAGAAAUGGACCUCAGUACAGUAGUUGGUUUAUUAUUCUUGAGGGUUGA